AUGACCACAAUAGAUUCCAACUUGACAAUCGAAGUAAAUCGUACAGGUUCUUUUGUCCCCAAACCGAUUGUGUAUUUCAAUCCAGUAAAAGUGGUUGUUAACAAUGUCAAUUUCAGAAGCAUGAGUUUCAUGGAGUUCAUCUCGUAUGUGAAGAAGUUGGUUAAGGAUGGAAGAAUCAGUAUUCAGGAGAUAGUUAUGGAGUGGAUUGAAGAAGAGAUAGUUGAAGAUGGAUCGAUAGAUGGUAAUACGGAUGAUGAUGAUGAUGAUGAUGUAGACUCUGAGCUUUCAGAUAAUGAGUUUGUGGAACAUGAACCUGAUGAUGAAGUGAUACAAAUAUAG